CAAUUUUUGGAUGUGAUUGUGUGCGCUGUGCAAAGAGGCAAUGCAUGAUUGCUUGUUCGUGUCAGGAUACGAGUACGAGUACUUGUACCGUACUCCACUACCGUACGGUAAUUCAGUUGUGUUAAAAGUCCCAGGAUUGUAUGAGAGCGAAGGUGAAUUUCGCUUCCGAUACGGAGAGACAACGACAAAUCAAUCCAAAACUUAAUUCUGAAGGGCAACCAAUAGAUACGUAAAUAAACAGUCGAUAACUUCUCACAGCGAAUCAAUACUACAGCAAAAGAAAAGCAACGCCAUGUCAGACGCGACGAUCUCAAAAAUCAAAGCGAUCAAGGAGUCCAUGUCAAAAAAGGUUGCCUCGGUAGAAUCUCUAUCGAUCGAAGACGUGGAAUCCCUCAGAGAUAUGCUUCUGCAACUCGAUUCAUUUGACGUAACUCUUGAAAUCCUGACCACUACCCUGAUUGGGACUGUCGUUUCAAAGUUUAAAAAGCACGCGGAAAUUGGCCCCACAGUCAAAACCCUUGUCAAGAAAUGGAAAUCAAUAGCGAAGGCCGGUGCAGCCACUUCGAGCGCACAGAGCAGGGACAGCAAGUCAUUGUCCGCCAAAAAGACAGCCGAGUUAUCCCAGAAAAUCACAACGGAUAAAGACAUGAAGUCCAAACGGCGAUCUAGAACCGAUACAGCCACAGCUGAAACACGAGAAGCUUGGUAUGGCCUCCAGCCCUACCGGCAAACAACCUGCCAAAAACUACACGACGUCCUCCAUCUUGCAAAGCCGAAAUUAAUCAAACAGGGCAUCAAUGCCGAUGCCGUAGAUCACCUAACGGUAGAGAGGGCGACUGAUGUUGAAGCUUCCAUCCAAAAGAAAUUCACUKGGCAGAAGCAAGAAUACGUGCAAAAAGCUCGAUCCCUCUGCUUCAAUCUCAAAAAGAACACAUCGCUGGCCAGUCAGGUUAUUUUGGGGCAACUCUCUAGCUCAGAGCUCGUCGGUUUGACAUCCGAACAAUUGGUAAGCGAUGAAAAGCGGAAGGAAAUCGAAGCCCGUAAGAAAAACCUCAUGGAUUCCAACUUGCUCGACUGGGAGGCCCAAAACGAAGACAAGAUCAAUGAAAUGUGUGGAAUCAAAGGGGAUCUACUCAAGGCCUCUUUGUUCACUUGUGGAAGAUGCAAAUCAACCAAGACCACGAGCACGCAAAAGCAAACGCGGUCGGCCGACGAACCUAUGACGGUUUUCGUCUUGUGCCUCAAUUGCAAUAAUCGAUGGAAAUUUUCUUAGUUCUGGCACAUUAAAUGGUCGCCUCAAGU